CCUCCUUCUCAGUUCUCACAAAUCUAUCAUUCGACUUCUGCACCUCUCUCUCUCCUUUCUCUCUCUAAAAAUUUGAUUUUCGCUAAGCGGGUUUUUGAAUUCGUCUGCGAGAAUGAGGAUAAGCAACAACCUGGUGGGUCUCCUCAACUUCAUAACGUUCCUGCUGUCGAUUCCGAUCGUGGUGGCCGGAGUAUGGCUGAGCAAGCAAGGCAAUACCGACUGCGAGAAGUUCCUAGACAAGCCCAUCAUCAUCCUCGGCGGAUUCCUCAUGCUGGUGUCGCUGGCCGGCCUAAUUGGCGCCUGCUGCCGCGUCUCGUGGCUGCUGUGGGUCUACCUCCUCGUCAUGUUCCUCCUCAUCGUGGUCCUCUUCGCCGUCACCAUCUUCGCCUUCGCCGUCACCAACAAAGGCGCGGGAAAAGUACUUUCCGGGAAAGGGUACAAGGAGUACAGGCUCGGGGACUACUCGCAGUGGCUGCAGAAGAGGGUUAACAGCACCAAGAACUGGAACAAGAUCAAGAGCUGUCUCAUUGACAGCAAGGUCUGCUCUAGUUUCAAGGACAAGUAUGCCAAUGAAACACUCGAGACCUUCUAUUCUGAGCACCUGUCAGCGCUUCAGGCCGGUUGCUGUAAGCCAUCAGAUGAUUGUGGAUUUACUUACGAAGGCCCCAUCUCCUGGACGAGCAACACUACUACCGUUUCCUCCAACCCUGACUGCAGUGCGUGGCAGAAUAAUGAGAAGGUUCUGUGCUUCAACUGUCAGUCGUGCAAGGCUGGACUGCUGGACAACAUAAAAAGUAAUUGGAAGAAGACGGCGAUUGUCAACAUUGUCUUCCUCAUCUUCCUGAUUGUGGUGUAUUCAGUUGGAUGCUGCGCGUUUAGGAACAGCAGGAGGGACAAUGAAUAUUGGAAACAGUAAGCGACGCUGGGGUUCCAUCGGAUAUUGACAUGUAUGUAAAGAAUAGUUUGGCACUAGCUCUUAUUACUGGAACAUACGUCGGUCUUAUUCCCUAGUUAUUGAUAUAAAUCUCGUAUAUAGUCUUUGAUCACAUUUGGUUUAAGGGUACAACGUUGUUCAGCUGCUACUUUGAUGUUUUUUCAGCUCCUAUGUGAAUUUGUUUGUUUUCAUUGGUCGUUGCCAUAUGUCGUUUUAUCGUACGUUAGGCAUUUGUUCACUGAGUCGUGGUGAUAACUAUUAUUCAAGAAAUACUUGUUAUGGCA